AUGUACUCCAGCGGAAGUAGUGGGCCUCAAUGUAGUAGCGCGGAUACCUCCUAUCAAAAGGUUGAGUUACGUUCAUUAUCGAGUUUUUUUUUAAGUUUUGGAAUUACCUGAUAAUUCGAGUAUUCAUUGUAAUAUUUUUAUAAGAACCUUUAUCGAGUCCGUGUAUUUUUCGUGUAUUUUUUUCAUUGCGUGUAUUUUCUUCAAUCGAAGUGGUAGCUCUCUCAAUCGGCCGAGGCUACCCUAGAGUGUACACGGCGUCCGUGCCCGAGCCCCAUCAUCACCGCCGUGCCUGUACCCGCGAAACUGAGGGAUCUACUUGUGGAAGAACGAGGCGAAGGACCGUAAGACCAUGCUUUCAAUUCAAUCGACUACACGUUUUGACUUCUUUUUCGCCAAAGGCGGUGUUAGUGCCGCUCAAAAGAGCAAUUUUUUCACCGCCCAGUCGAUUCCAUCUGACUAAAACAACCAAUAAAUAUUGAUGAUGAUGAUGAUGAUGAGAUGUAUUUUCAGUCGUGUGAAUCUUCUCCACUGGAAAGCCCGAACAAACUGUGGUUUCACGGGGAAAUGGGAGCAUUUCAAGCAGAGAGUUUGCUGGAGGUAAAUUGUUCAAGUCCUCAGUUGUUUUAUCUAGAACAAAAUGCUUUUUAACAAAAUUUUGUUAAACACCCUACAGUGGACCCUCAGAACGUCAAUUCUCUUGUUUUAAACGCGUCGAAAUUGUAAAGAUACAAGGGAAAGGAAGUUUGAUGCUGCGUUUAAAUCAAAUUUUGAGCAUAGCUCAUUCAGCACCAGCUUGUUCCUUUUUAAUACGAAAUAGGCAGUGGUUUGAUUGAAUUCGACCCUACUUAGUUUUUAGAGUUUUGUUUUUUUGCUCUUUUUUGCACUUUUGUAGAGAAAAGGUACCGUGGGUGCAGCUUCUUUUAUGCCGUGUUGAAAUUGUCUCUGCAAAAUUCAAAAUAGCCAUCAAAGGAAGGAAAAGAUAAAGAAAUUUUGAAGAGUCGGAGAUAAUUUUGCAUUUCGCGGAAAUUACUUUGAACACGGAAUUAACAUCUCCAGUCCCCUCGGGUGUACUUUGUACGAGGCAUGAUGCAUUGCAGUUUUGAUCUACCGAUUUUCGCGCGAUUUUAAAAACAAACAGGGUCAACAUUUUACCGUUUCCCCAUAAACUUUUCAGAAAUUUCUGAAAAAUUUUUUUAGCAAUUACGCUUUCUCAUUUUUUUGAAGGGUUCCGCUCCGGGAUUGUUUUUAAUUCGUCGCCAAGGCGCUCGUCGGUAUUACCUCUCGUUUGUGAACCACGCUGGAAGCAUCACGCACAAUCCGUAUGUUUUUCUUCUUCUCUAAUUGACUGAAAAGUUCUUGUUAGCCUUUUUCAAGAUGAGGAAGUCUCUCAUGAUUGGAGAUAACGUUUCCUUGCUUUUCUUGUGUUGCUUUCCGGUUUGUCUGAAAUUCUCCGUUUUUUUUUUCAAAUUGUAUUGCUGUGAAAUUUAGAGCGUUUUUUUCCUGUUUUCAAGUUCGUAAUUUUGUUUCAAAAAUUAAGAGAACUUAGGUCAUAAUAAAGAGCUCUGAAAUUCCGCGGAAAAAAUGAGACUUUCGAAGAUUCUUGAAAUGAUGUAUUCCAUACUGCGCAUAUUAGAAGAACUAUAGUACUAAGAAUAGAAACCAAAACGAAAUUUCGAUGUUUUGAAGUUGCUAUUCGGUUUUUGGUGUAUAAGUUUGAAUACGAACUGCUUCUCUUUCUAUCUGGAAUUUUGGAUUUUCAGUGUGCGCCAUAUAAACUCCUCGUUCUUCUUCAUGGGCCAACGGUUUCCCUCGCUGGCCGACGUUGUUGAUUUCUUCGAAGAAUCUUUCUCAUCUGCUUAUACCGAAAACCCCACCAUUUCGCUCGCCUUCUGUUCCACUCCUAUGUUGCAGAAGGUUUGUUUGUCUUUACUCUUAUAAACUUGUAAAUUGACUUUUUGAGAAUAUCGUGAUUCUUCAAACUACUUUGUAGUAGUCACAAGUGGAAUAAAAAAGUCUUAUAUAAACUAGUCAAAUAAAGCAAAAGAUGAGACCUUUGAAAAAGAAUAGAUCAGAUAGUUGGUCAAAGUUUAUUGGAAAGCCUUUUUUGAGCGCCGAAAAAGGUACAUUGUCGGUAUAUCGUUGGUAAAGGUAUAUCGUUUGGAAGUCUUUCAUUAUAAUUUCUUUAACGUUUAUUUGCUGAAAUUACGUUAUUGAUUAUGAAUGCGUGUUGCAUGAAGAAAUUUUCGAUAUCCGGUGUCCCCAUUUUUUCUAAUAACUUUUUUUUUCAGAACGAACGCGACCAAAAGUUUUUAUGUAUGAAAACGAAUAAGGGAACGGUAGAAGACGAGUUGCGGUGAGACAGAUUGACAAAAAAAAUUCUUAUCCGUAGAUUCAGCACCUAUCGCGGGGAUAUCAUCACCGUUUUGGAGAGAACAGAGGACGGCACCUGGCUUUGGGGCAGAAACGAAGCGACAAGGAUGAUUGGCCUGAUUCCGAUCGACAUAUUACAGCCACUAGUCAGUUGCGCUGAAAGUAUUGGGAAAAGUACUCUUUCAUUUUUUUAAAGGUUUCUUUGCAAACUGAGAUGGGAGACUUGCCUUUUUUCUAUGAUACCAUUUCGACGGACGCUGUCCAACCGCUUCCUCUAGGUUCUACAAACCAUCGAUGCGAGCGAUUUCGCCAUUUUCAGGCUCAUUUUUGCUGCGACGGUCAACGAAAGGAGACAACGCCUACGCUCUUCUCGUCAAGACUCAGCCGGAUCUGGUCGAGAAGUUCCUGAUAUUGGGCUCUCCUCAGUGUGGCUUCAUGUUGUCCGGCCGGCCCUUCCAUUCUAUCGGCCAUGUCAUUGAAAGGUUCCCCGUUUAAUUUUUGCUUUUUUUGCACUGAAAUCAUUUGAUGACUCGUACGAAUUUGUUUUGUAAAUCAGUUGAAUUUUCGUUGUCAAAAAGAAGUUAGAUCCAUAGUAAUAGGAAGCUUUUUGCCUUUCUGAGACGGAAUGGUAUCGAUAAAAAAACAUUUUAUUGUAAUUUCUUAAGGGUGUCAACUUUUUUCAGAAUUAAGAACAAUUUUUUCUAGACAAAUCAUAUAUGAGUCGAUAGAUUAGGCAGUUUUUAGAGUUUUUUUUUACUGUGCGAAUUCUUCGAGUUUUUUUUUUUGAAUUUUCGUUUUUUGUCAUCCCUAUCUCAAGCCCAGAUACCCAUUUUUCUCUCAUCUCAAAAUAUCUCUACAGAAUACUCUAACUGCAAAACAUAAUAAAAAAAUGGUUUUACAAAAUAAUUAAAUCUUUUUGCUUUUAAAAAGAUUUUUUUUUCAAGGUGAAUGGUUCAGAUACACGACAAAAGCGAUAUCUGGCGGAUUGUGUCUGUCUCACGCGGUGAUCCGGUCCGAAGACGACGACGAAGGCUCGUUCUCCUUACACGGGGCCGCGCUCCGACAGCUGCAGGACCUACGGAACGGGAAUCUGUCUCCAUCUUGUUACUCCGUCGGAUCUGACGGCUUGAGCGUGACGAAGCCGCAAAAAGAAGUUGAAUACACGGUUCUGCAGCCGAUGUCUCCAGAGUGCACUACUCCUGUUGAGACGCCCGAACUCGUCUUCUCUUCUUUCGACGACAAAGACAUCAGUCCUUCGCGGACCGUCAUCGAGAGCUGUCAAGCGCUGAGAAAGUGUGAGUGAAUGACAGAUAUGAGGAUUUUCCUGUAACUAACAAGAGAAUGAUCUCACAAGGGAGGUCAUUUUACUUUUCGGUUGGGAAUUUUUUGAAAUUUGUCACAGUUUUUCUUGAAGUACCAAAUUAGGGGUUCGAAAGUCUCAAUCUGCCCAAAAACUUCCUAGUUUUCAAGAAAUAAGGACUUGAAGCAAAAAAAUGGCCUUUUUGACUGAUUUUAAAGUUUUCUUUAGCUUUGACAUUUAACAUUAACAUUUAUUCAGUCCUCAGAGUAAUCUUGUAUCUGCUGAAUCAUGGAAUAUUUGAAGAGAUGUUUGUCGGUUCGCGCAACUGUCGCCCAUCUUUCACCAAGAACUGCUCGUAGGUCAUCUCGCCAACGGGGUUUGGGUCGUCCAACUCCACGCGUUUUCGCCCAUGGUCGCCAUUCCACGAUUUUCUUCGCCCAUGUGUCUUCUCCCGUAGCGAUCUUCUUUGCGAAAAGCCAUUUUCUCUUCACAGCUUCCGACCGAACUUCGCGUAGCUUCAACUUUUCAUAGAGCCAGGAGUUUCUUCUUCUGUCGAGCAAUGUUACUCUUUAGCUUUGAGUUACUCUUUAGCUUUGAGCCCUCAUUUAUUAAAAACUAGAGAUUCAUGCAACUUGAGGUUGUCAGAAUCCUUUUUGGGUACUCUAGGGAGUUUUAUGACAGAUUUUCAAGGAAUUCUUAACUGCAAAAUAAAAUGACCUACAUUGACCGUGGGAUUUCUUGAAAAUGCAUUCAUUGCAGCUUUUUUCACGAUUUUUCACAAGUUGCUUAGGAUGUCCGUGAAAGAAACAUUAGCUCAUAUUUUUCGUUUUAUAUGUGUUUGCGGUAGAAGAUCGAACCCAUAGUCCGAUGAAAUCAAAAAAAAAAAUCGGAAAUAUGAAUUUCAUCUUCUUUACAAGUUUCAUUUCAAAAUCUGAAAGUGGAUGAGAAAAUAAUGUUUCGUCUGUAAAAAAUAAUAGAUAAGCUCGAAGUUCAUUUGAAUGGACCGAAAAUUUCAAAAAACCUUUUCAGAAGAUUUUACGUGUUUAAAAAAGUUGUCCAUUAAUGUCUAUAAGAAAAUUGAUAUCCUUAUCAGGUGCCUCUUCUGAUUUCGAAAGGAAUAUUUAUUUUUAGCACGAGAAGAGAAACAAUGGAAAAGUUGUUGGAUCAAGCUUUCGGAUUAUUCCAAUGGGGACAGUCGCCUCUCGAUAACUGACAAUAAAGAGGUUUUUGUGUGAAGUUUGAUGAUGAACUCGAACCGUAUUUUGAAAAGGACACGAAGAGCCGUCUGGAGUACGAUCUGUCCUGCACCAAGCUCUUCUGGCUCGACGAAUCCGUUUUCGGAGUGGAGGGCUCUUUCUUCCUUUCGCUUUCUCUUUCCCAGCCGUCGACGUUCCUCUGCUUCCAGCCGCUCACUCUCUUCGUUCAUUGGAUCUCCUUACUCAGGUUCCACCAUUUGUUCCUAUUUUCUCUUCAAUUCUUUUAUCAGGCUUAACAAACAUAACCGAAAAAAGAAGAUCUUGAAGACGAACAUACUGAGUCACUGAGUACGGAGUACGAACAUACUGAGUUCAACAGCUUUUGCGCUGUGAUUUACUUUUUUCCUCCUUUUGGAACACCUUGGACCUGUAUUUUCUUAGGAUAGCCUGGCGGUGAUAGACUUGGCGGUAAUUUGAGUUUUUCUUCUCGAAAGUUUCGGAAGAAAUUAUUAUCGAUGCUCAAAACAAAGGACUACUUGUGCAAAGUUCAGAUACCUUUUCAAAGCAGGAAGAAAUUGUAAAAACAAACAACCAAAAAUUGAACAUGAGAUAAAGUUGCUUUUACAGUUCGUUCAAUAAGGAUACGACCCUUCUCGAUUUUGAACGCUCUGGUAAAACGCGGAAAUAUAUCGAAAAUUUGUGAUUGCCAUUCGAUUCAGAGUACGAAAUAACCCCCAGCCCGAACUUUCAUAACAUAAUCCUAGCGCUUUUCCUACAAGAAUUCUAUUAAAAAACGGUUUUGGAUUUAUUUUGGAUUUAUUUCAUUAAGAAUAGGACCACCUGGAAAUUUUGACUUUCAUUAGUAGCUUUCGGUCAAUUUUUUUUUUCAAUGAGUGUUUUUUUUGUUCUGAUAUCACUUAUUAGAAAAUCAGUUACGAAAUGGUGUAUCGUGGUCAAAUCUCAGACUGUUGUCGUUUUUUUUUUUUAAUGACGGUUCAACUUUUUUUGAAGAUUGCAAAGGUACUAUGAAAAUGGUUCACCAACAAGAUAAUCUGAAAAAAAUUUUAUUUACUGUGCACAGCACCAAGAAAAUGUUAAUAGAAAUUUGCCCAUUGAAAUAAGGAAGUAAUGAAAAGUGCAAUAACACAAUUUUUAUUAGAAUUGAAACUUGUUACAUGAUAUAUUAAUUAUAUCGCAAAAAGUUCGAAUAGCACCCUUCCGGGUGUUCUUUUCAUUGAAUUCAGAGGAUUGCCAAAUUUUUUCCAAUCCAACUAAGUGUGAUUUUGUGGUAGGAGCACGGGGGGUCAUAUCCUUAUUGAACGCAGUGUAUAGAUUCAAAUUCUCUUGAGCAAAGAUUCUUUCAUCGAUUUUUCCAGUUUUUCAACUCGAAAAAAAGUUUCAGGACACGGCAAGUGACUGUACAACCAGCGUUGCCGAGGCCGCUCCCCCCGCUGGAAGAAGCUCGGGCGACGCAGCUCAACUUGCUUUUCCUCGACCUCGACAAGUUCAAAUCAGACCUUCUCAAGACGGAAAACGUCUACUCGGCCAACGUGCUUCUCGACAACGUCCGCGUGUGUUCCUCCAACUCUUUCGCCGUCACUUCCAACCGACAACCCACAGAACUUCCUGUCGUCGUUUUUGAUUCGCGUUUCGUCCUACCGUAAGAUUUUCUGUUAUUGCAGGGGGUGCAUCACUACGGCGUCCUGCUGCAUUCCGCCAUAUUAUUUGUUACGCUAAAUCAAAAAUUUUCUACGUUUUCAUUUCCCGAUUACAAUUGAAUUCAUAUGCUUGAAACCGAUUGGUAUAAAAAAAAAUAGGAGGAUAAGCUUAAAUAAAGGAAAAGUUGAACGCUCGAAUGGUGUUACCAUUCUCGUUAUCGUAGCGGUUUUCGAAACAAAAAAUCAGUCUCACUUUGACAGCUGAUGAAGCGAAAAGUGACAAAGUCGGUUACAGAUACGUUCCUUGUGACGCUAGGCUUCAGCUGUCUCUGCUUUCGUCUCCUUCUAACACAAAGAAAGGUAAAAGACAUUUGAUCAGCGAUUUAGAACCUUGUCAAAAAACUAUCAGCAGUUCAAAAAUCGGAAGAAGAAAAAUUGUUUCCAGGUCGCGUAAUUGGUGUCUCUAAGCUGGUCUCGCUGAGCACGGAGCCGAUUUGUUUCUCUCAAGACGCAGGCUUCGUGUAUCGGGCUCAGCAAAGAGCCGUGCGAGUCUUCCCUUCAACUUUCUAUGCGCCUCUAGUCAAAAUCCUCCGGUUCGUCGUUUCCACACUUUUGAAGGAUUUCGUUUUAAGGAAAUCCCCAGAAACUCUCCUCCGGCAGCCGUCGUCGGCUCUGCCUCUGCAGCAUCGGACGUUUCUCUACUCCUGUCUUGUGUUUCUGUAUCUCUCCGACUCGAAUGCGAUGGUAGAAAUGUUCAGGUUUGUUUUUUUCGUCUUCUUCUUCUUCUUCUUCUUACGCCUUUGUACAGCUUGAGCGGCGUCGGCGCCCCAAGUCGAUUAGCCGAGGUCCUAUCCUGAUGAUAAUCAGUGGACUGGCUCCAGUGACAUGUCCGUCCUUGUGUGUGACGGCUAUGGAUUUUGAAGUCGUGGUUUCCCACUACCAACAUUUCUUAAACCCCUUGGUUGGGUCGGGGCGGGGAUCGAACUUGUGACCCUGUGGACCGUAGACAGGCACACAACCUGUUGCGCUACGGCGCGCCCAAGAUGGUCCGACGCCGGUGUGUGUGUGUUUUUUCGUCUUCAAGCUUUUUAUUAUUUUUAUUGCUUGGAUAUUUUCCCUUCAGUUUUUUUUUUGCAAUGUCUACUUAAACCGUGUUGAAAUAUUCAAAUUUCUAAUGGAUUUUCAAAAGCUGUAACCAAUUCAGAAACAUAACCAAAGACGCGUUGGCGGCAUCAACGACAGAAGACGUUUUUCGGAAAGACUCCGUGGCAACGGGCGUAGUGACGCAAUGUCUGCGACACUCGCUCAAGUCCGACCUCGACGAGUAUCUCCAAACGGCCCCUCAACUUUGCAACGCCCACAAUUCGCAACUGAGCAAGACUUCCGUUCGUUUUGCUCUCGCGUAGGAGAAAGUAUAAUUGAGAUUAUUUAAUAUGUAGGUCAACGUCGAUGCUGCGAGUUGUGUAGUGGAGUUCUUGACCCAGACGUUGGAAAAAGCGCCGCUGGCCCUCCAAGUCUUGGCUGCUGUUGCCGAGUGUGCCGCACAGCGCUUUCCUGAGCAGCCUCACAUUGUCCGACGGUCUUUGAGGUUUAUAGUUGCAAUUCUUGAAUUUCGUCCUUGUACUGCUCAAUGGAUUGUAGAACAUUGGCAGGAUUGUUCAGUAAAUGAUAAACGUAGGGCAGAACUAAAAACAGAAGGAAGACCAAUAAGAGGCAGUUAAGAAACUCAAGAGAACGGAACGGCAACACAGUCGUGCCAAGGUCAAUUUCUGUGAAUUCGAACACAGAAUGUCAAAGCUUUUCGCAUUAAAAAGGGUUGAAUUUUUUCAUGGCUUUUUGUGUUUUUUUUUUGAGGUAAUUUUUGCAAUUCCCAAAAUAAAUAAUUCCAAAAAAAAUUUUUAAUCACUCGAAAAAAAAACGCAAACAAAUACAUAUUUGAAGUUUGCCGGCAGCUCAGCUUUGUGUCAAAUUGUUUUUCUCCAAGCUCUAUCUUGUCCAAUCUUCUUUUUUUCACCGAUUUUUCAGUGCGAUUUUGGUCUUGCGGUUUCUCAACCCGAUCCUACUCACAUCAAUGACUGGUUUUUGUGGUUUUUGAUGCAUUCAUGAAGAGGCGAAUUACAGGAGCUGGCCCCUUGGCUAAGGCGAUUCAGAAGGCUGCGAACGCAGCGGCUUCGACGUUGCCGCAAGAGGAACUGACUUCGACAAGCGCCACUUUCCGCCGUUUGUUCGACCGGAUAGCUGGUGUUUCUUCUCAGGUGGGAAAUUCUUCCCGGCUACAGUCGGACCGGCUACAGGUGACCGGCGAGUCAAAGGAGCUCAGCACCGAAUGGCUGGCAAUGGUCGCGCACAUGUUGGCCCUCAGCUACAGUUCCUCUGAACGCGUUCAGCUGCCAGAAGAGGUCGCUGCUCUUGUCGACGCCCAUCGACAGUAG